AGGCAACCCACUAGAAGGAGAAGAAGAUGGAAGAGGACCCAGAAGUACUAGGAGGAAUUGGCAAGAAAUUGAGAAAAGACCUCCAUCCCAUACAGGCAGGGAGUAGUGUUGAAUUCUGGGAAAGAGGUAUGCCAGAGAUCCUGCAUCAAGACACCGGGAUCUCAGAUGAACAUUGCCAGUGUUUUCGGCAGUUCUGCUACCAUGAGGCUGCUGGGCCCCGAGAGGUUUGCAGCCAGCUUCAUGGACUUUGCAACCAGUGGCUAAAGCCAGAGAGGCACUCCAAGAAGCAAAUUCUGGACCUGGUGAUCCUGGAGCAGUUCCUGGCCAUCCUGCCUGAGGAAAUGCAGCACUGGGUCAGAGGAUGUGUGCCGGAGACCAGUUCCCAGGCAGUGGCCCUGGCUGAAGGUUUCCUCCUGAGUCAGGCAGAGGAGAAGAGGCAGGCAGAGCAGAUGUGGCGACCAUCUGUGAAGAUGGAAGUGAAGUUCUCUGAGGAGGAAGAAUCUCCUUCAGAGGAAGAGCAGUGGGUGCAGACCCAGAAGUGUGCCCAAGAUGCCCUCUCACCUGGUAAGGGUGCCUUGUGCCGAGAUUUGGGCACAUUAUGA